CUCCCCUUCUCAUGUCCACCUCCUCCACACUACCAUCGCGCCGCGCCGCGCGACCCUCCAGAUGCAGCAUUGAUGCGGGCCGAUCCGGAAUCAACGCAAAAAAAAAAAGCGCCUCCACACCAUCGCCGCCCCAAUCCACCCUCGCGCCUCCCCACAUACCCACCAGCGCCUCCUCUCACGCCCGUACCCACGCCCUAAAAACGCCUCGCCCCCGCCGCCACGCCACGCCUGCCGCUGCCGCUCCGCCGCCCCUCUCACGCCUGCCGCCGCCGCUCCGCCGCCGCCCUUCGUGCCGCUCGGGAGGAGUUGCGACGGGGUCGAGCCCCUCAUCGCCGACCACCUUUCUUCGCUCGCAGCCGCCGUCGUAGCGUGCGUCGUCGUCACCAGACACCUGCGAUCAUCAUUCCCUCUGUGUCACCUCGCCGUCCGUCUGUACUACACCUCUGCCGCCGGGCAGCCGCCGUCGUAGCGUGCGUCGUCGUCACCAGCGAUCACCAUUCCCUCAGUGCCGCCUCGCCGUCCAUCCGUACUCCACCUCUGCCGCUGGGACUCAGGGCCGAACAGAUCUCCCCGGCCGCGGUCGCUCGUUCUUUUGCUGCAAAACUAAAAUGAUUUGGCCUGGUGAACCUAAAGCAGUUUUCUGAUGCAGUGUUGCUGCAAUCUGACACUAGGUGAGUUGUAUCUGCUAUUCCUUUUCCUGGCUAUUUCCAAGUUGCAGUAUUGCAAGAUGAUAACUUUGUUUUACCAUGUUUUCUUUGCCACUUAACAACACCAGUCUGUUAAUAGCAAGGUAUUCUACACAAUUUGGUCCAAUAUGGUUCUGUAGCCUUGCAUAUAUAUGAACGUUUCUAUUCCACGCUGUGGUACUUGGACUUGGCUGGUAAUAGUUUGGUAUUUCGAGUUUAACCUGGCUCUGGUAUUGUGGCACUUCGAAUUUCAAGUUUCCAACCUAUUUUUAACAUAAAUGGCUAGAUGACACACUCAACCUGACUUUGAAUUCUGUAUGCUCCAUUCAAAGUACAUUUAAAUGGCUGCUAUUAAGAUGUGGAGCAAAGUACCUGCUAUAACUCAACCUGACUUUGAAUUCUGUAUGCUCCAUUCAAAGUACAUUUAAAUGGUUGCUAUUAAGAUGUGGAGCAAAGUACCUGCUAUAGAUAGAUUGUUACUGAAAACUCAAAUCAGACCUUACAUUAUUUGAAGUGAUUCAUGCCAUUGACAGCUAGAUCAAUUCCAUGUUGAAAUGUUAAAUUUGUUUUGAAGCAUCUUAAGAAUUUACUUACCACCAUAAAGUAGGCGUGAUCCACGGAGACAGUAGCACUACCCAUGCCUCGUCCCGUAUCACAGCGAACAGCUGCUUCUAUCCCUCACAAUCUCAUUCCCUGAAUUGAAGGUACGGCCAAUUUCUUCACUGCUCCCUUCUUAACUUUGCUAUGGGAUCUGUAGCUUUUAGUUUUUUCAUAAUGAUUGGUUUCGAAAGCUAGAUUCUGAAAAAGACUGAAAUGAAAGAGUUUGUUGGGGGCACCGCACCAUCAAGUACAACAUCAGACCCUCUUGCUGAUAUAACAAAUACAAAUGGUCUCGGUUUCACUAAUAGACGGGGCAAGGGUAGAGCCAAGUCGUUAUGUGUUGUUCGAAGAAACGACGAAGAGUGUCACGGCUCUAAAGAAAACUGUGACAACUCUGAACAGAACACUCCAAUAGCUUCAAAUGUGCAUCCUAUUGUCACGCCUAAUAGUCAGUCAUUUGCGGAUGACCGCGAUGCAUCCUUCAGUACACCCAGCAAUUUGCCUAUGUGCACAGGUGCGCAUGGAGAUGUUACUAACCUUACCCAUGCUGAAGUUGCAAGAAAGCGUGCUAGAAACUGGUACACAUCAUUGACCCAGGAGCAAAAGGAUGAGAGGAACAAGAAGGACCAUGAGAGAAGAAAACGGAAGAAGGAGGAAAGUCAAGUUUUAAAGUCUGCAACCAAUAGUGGUGUAGCCCCACUUGGCAAGCUUUCCAAUGUAAGUGCUGCUGAUUUAAUGACAUGCCAAUUGGAAGUGAACGAUUCUUCUACGUUGAAGAACGAAGUGAUGCUUCCCAUCUUAAUAUCACACCCAGACGUCUCCCAUUUACAAUCAUCAACAAUGUAGCUCACUAUGGUCCAAAUGAAGUUCCAAUGAGCUGCGUAAUUCAAACAACCCAAAACAGAGACGUCAAGUUGCGUAAUGCAACUCUUACACCGGAGCAGAAGCAAGCUAAGGUCGAUCGACAGAGAACAAGACGUCAAGCACUAACCAAUGAACAGAGACUAGAGAUGAAUGAUCGCCGUAGGGUUGCAAGGCAAACUCUGCCGGAUGUGGAAAUACAUGAUAUGAAUGCUCGCCAGCGAUCAAGACGACAAAGUGUUACUCCUGGAGAACGGUCUGCUCAUCUGGCACGACGUAAUGAACUGUAUGCAGCUAGGCGUGACAAACCAUGCACUCAAUCGAUUGCAUUGGAGUGCCCUGAGGAUUGUAGCUCGUCGUUGCUAAAUCCAACGCCUUCCUUUGAAACAACCGGUGAUGUGCCAGCUACAUCGAGCCUGCAAACUGAACUUGCUGCAGAUCAUCUUGCACGAUCGUCUAACUUUGAUGAUGAUAUGGAUUCCUUCAUGGAUGAUGACACCGACGAUGAACACUACAUGUUUGCUGGGCUAGGCGAUGAUGAGGAUGACGAGAUGGUACAAUCCGAUGACGAUGACACGCAAGCACCGAGCUCUUCAAUUCCUGAUCCGUUCGACUUUGUGUAUAGCAACAUCCCACAGAGCGAAAAUGUUCUGAAACCUGAGCCUGACUGUAAACACUGUGGUGCCAAGAGGUUCCAGUACGAACCGCCGGGCUUCUGUUGUCGGGAUGGCGAGAUCAAGCUUGUAGAAAACGAAACACCACCUGAAAUAGUUUCAUUACGAUGCCAUAUUUGUCUUUUCGAUGCCA